CUCUACUCCUCUCUAUUUAGAACCUUACCAUGUGAGUGAAGAGUUCAAAAACCUCUGCAAACACUCUCUUUUUUUUUUUUAAUCUCUUCUCUCUCUCUCUCUCAUUAAAUCUUACUUUCAAACACUAAAUAGCCAAACUCAGGUACCUUAUUUCAACAGGAAGAACAAAAUGUAUAAGAAUCAACUUCAAGAGCUUGCACAGAGAAGCUGUUUCAACUUACCAUCAUAUACUUGCAUAAGAGAAGGGCCAGAUCAUGCUCCAAGAUUCAAAGCUUCUGUUAACUUCAAUGGUGAGAUAUUUGAGAGCCCCACUUACUGUUCUACUCUCAGACAAGCUGAGCAUGCAGCAGCUGAAGUUUCUCUUAAUGUCCUUUCCUCUAGAGUUCCUUCAAAAUCCUUAACUGCUAAGAUUCUUGAUGAGACAGGGAUAUACAAGAACCUGCUUCAAGAGACAGCACAUAGAGCUGGUCUUGAUCUACCUAUGUACACAAGUGUGAGAUCAGGAUCUUGUCACUACACAGGUUUCUCUUGCACUGUGGAACUUGCUGGGAUGAGGUUUACAGGAGAAUCAGCAAAGACAAAGAAACAAGCUGAGAAAAACGCAGCAAUUGCAGCUUGGUCCUCUUUGAAGAAAAUGUCAAGCUUGGAUUCUCAAGAUGAAGAGAAAGAACAAGAAGCAGUUGCAAGAGUACUCUCAAGAUUUAAACCCAAAGAAGUAAGAAGAAGAGAGACAAGAAACCAAUGGAGAAGAAGAACAAGUCAUCAAGAUACAAACAAGGAUUUGUUGACUGAGAGAUUGAGAUGGAUCCAUUUGUUAACCAAUGAGCCAUCUUCACCAUCAUCAACAACAACAACACAGAAUCAACACAAAAUUCCAAGUUUCAUCUCUCUAAUCCCCCCACCACCACAACCUAAAUCCUCCAAAAUUUUACCAUUUUUAACAAACACCCAAGACAAAUCAUCACAAGAAGCUAAGCCAGAGAAAGAGAUGAUCUUCACAAAGUCGUUUCCUUUACCAAUGGAUGAUCAUAAGGCCACACUCAAUGAAUCAUCAAACAUCUUCAGCAAGCAAACGCCCUUUUCCAACAACGGCAAAUACAGUUUCGUCGGAGGUUGUAGCAUAAACUCUAAUAGACUAGCUCCAGCAGUUCAUAUGAGAUCAGUGAUCCCAGUAUUUUCAGCUCCACCAUCAAAACCGAACCCAUCAUCAAUUCAUGAUUCCACAUCCAUAAACUCUUGUUCUGUUCCAAAUACGGCGGGAUUGAGAGGCCAAGAGAAGAAGAAGAGUUCAAGCUGCGAAAUGAUCAAACUUGGUAUAGAAUCGAGAGUUUCAGAUCAAUCCCAUGAUUAGUUAGCUAAUAAUUUUGAUUAACGGGUUAAUCUGAAAUAAUAUAUUUCCUUGUUAAGUGUUGUUCAGUUGUGUCACAUACUCCAUAAUAGACCAGAAGAAUACGGUUCCGUUU